CGCGACGGCGUCGUGUAAAGUAUAGCGGCUGGCCGCCCCCUCCAGCUUCGUUCUACUGGCUGGCACCAUACCAUGCCUUUUUGGAACGUAACGAUCGACGAUAUCUCCCCGGUCUUCGACUAUCAGGGAGACUGGGUGGACACCAAUACGGACGACUCCGAUUUUGUAGACUACCUUAACUCCACCUUUCAUGCCACCCAGGAUCAGGGCGCAAGUGUAACAUUCAAGUUCAACGGCUCGGCUGUAUACAUCUUCGGUGCCAAAAGGGAUAACCAUGAUCAGUACACCACGACCCUGGACGGGCACUCAACGAUAGGGAAUGGCUUCGCUCCACAACCGUUCGUCUUCAAGGCGCCUCUAUUCUCGCAGGCAACGAAUCUUGACAACACCGAACACACCGUGACACUCACGGACUCAAGUACGGACCCCAAGGACCGACCAUUCGUGGACAUUGAUUUCGUGACCAUCACCGUGGGCGAUGACUCGGAGGGGACGCCGGUGGAUCUAGCCACCGACGACAGCUCGUCGCAAGCCGUGUACAGUCAGGGAUGGACACAGCCCACCGCCAACCAGACCUUUUACUCCAAUAACUCCUAUCACCGCACCAGCCAACCUGGGGCGAGCGUCACUAUUCCCUUCAUAGGCUCAGCCGUGGCACUGUACGGAGCGACAAACUUGGGUUACGGGCCGUUCUCGGUUAGCAUCGACGGUGCUUCUCCUUCAUCCUUCACUGCCUCUGCCCCCACGUUCCGACCCGGGACGCUCCUCUACUACGCCAGCGGCCUGGACAGCGCGCACCACACGAUCACGCUCACCAACAUCGGCAACGGCUCGACCUCCAUCGACUUCGACCACCUCGUCGCGACGUGCUUCAACUGCGAAACUUCCGCAGCCGCCGCCCACGUAAAGAGAAAGAACACGGCCAUCAUUGCCAGCCUCGUCGUCGUGAUCGUCGUCAUUAUCCUCCUUCUCGGCGGGUUCUGGUUCUGGUAUGUCCGCCGGCGCCGGCGCCAAGCUUUCGCCGCCGACCAGGAAAAGCGACUCCAAAUCAACGUCGCGAGCUACGGCCCCUCGCCCGAACCGCCCGCCCCCGAGCCCUACCUGGGCACGCCCCGGACCAUGGCCGCACUCCCGAUACCUAAGUACGCGUCUCAAGCCCCGACCUACACCGCGAACCCGGACGAAGUACGCUCCGCGAUCUCGAUUUCUGCAUACUCGGCCGCCUCGUACACCCGCUCGGGCGCGCAUGACGACGCAGUGACCACGGUCACCCACCCGUCGCCGACAUACACGAGCCGGACGUCUAUCUCGCGCCUCGUCGCCGCCGCCGGCAUCUCUGGCCCCUACCGCAGCCCCGGCGGCACUGAGUACGACAGCUCGCCCAUUGAAGACGCUGGGCCUGCACCGGGAAUGAACGGUCUACCUCCCCCACCACAGUAUGGCCAGGUGUUCCGGUCAGCGCCGCCGGUGCCGCCGGUUCCACCUGUACCACAGGCUGCGACUGCGACUGCUGCCGGGACCUCGAGCGGCCAAAGGCCGAUCAUUCCACCCAUCAUCACGGAUCUGAAGACGAGGCCGCUGCCAGCGCAGCCCCGCGAGCCUCGAUCAGAAUACAUCUAG